GAGGAGAAGUAUAGCCUGACUCCCUCCCUGGUUAAUCUUCCCGGAGCGUUAGCAGCGACGACUAUUCUGAAGAUUAAAUCUGCGUUUCCCAUCACGACUGGAGCAAAGAUUUAAUCAUUCCUCGGUGUACUAAAGCAAAGACGAAUUGUCGAGGUCGGCUGUAGCCAGAUUUGAAGUUAAUCUUCUGAACGUAUCCAUGUUUGCGGAUCAACACCGGCUUGGCGGUGCCCUCAAUUGAGUGUGCGCACGGGGGAGACGCUCAGAGUAUCACAGUUCCAAGUAUACGCUGCCAACGAUGAAAGAGGAGAUACGUUGUUUUCGGGACUAUCUGAAAUGUGGAGUCAAAAACUGAUAACACAAAUGGGAUUCUAGAAUUGGAAAACGGGUCUCAUUCUGAGUUUUAUAAGGAACUAUUCCAAAAUUAGUGUUUUUAUUUCUCUCAACAUAAUGUAUAAGAGGAAAAAUGUGGGUCGGAUGUCGAUUUCUGUUCGAUACGGAUACGAGAACUGGCAAGAUAUUAGCAUGAAUUAAAAGCAGAAAGAAAGAAAAAACAGACAUCAAUGUUCAUUUUUAUUUUGGAGCGAGUACCAUGGCGAAAAGGAAGGGACUGUUGUUUUCGCUGCUUUACUUGAUGGCGGAGUUUUGGCUGAGUUGGCAGCAAGUCCUUAGAAUCGGGGGUAUCUUUGAGACCCUUGAGAAUGAGCCCAUUAGUGUGGAGGAGCUGGCCUUUAAAUUCGCUGCGACAAACAUCAACAGGAACCGGACCUUGAUGCCCAACACCACUCUGACCUACGACAUUCAGAGAAUCAACCUCUUCGACAGCUUCGAGGCCUCCAGGAGAGCCUGUGACCAGUUGGCUCUGGGUGUCGGGGCGGUGUUUGGUCCCUCUCACAGCUCCUCCGUCAGUGCUGUCCAGUCCAUCUGCAAUGCUCUGGAGGUACCUCAUAUCCAGACCCGGUGGAAACACCCCUCUGUGGACAACAAGGACAGCUUCUACAUCAACCUGUACCCAGAGUAUGCCUCCAUCAGCAGAGCCAUACUGGACAUCGUACAGUACUACAAGUGGAAGACAGUCACCGUGGUUUACGAGGAUGCAACUGGGUUAAUUCGUCUUCAGGAGCUGAUCAAAGCUCCGUCCAGGUACAGCAUCAAGAUUAAGAUUCGCCAGCUGCCGACGGAGAGUAAAGACGCCCGGCCGUUACUAAAGGAGAUGAAGAAGGGGAAAGAGUUCUAUGUUAUCUUCGACUGUUCCUACCAGACCUCCGCAGACGUACUCAAACAGAUCAUGUCCAUGGGGAUGAUGACUGAGUAUUACCACUUCUUCUUCACUACUCUGGACCUGUUUGCUCUGGACCUGGAGCCGUACAGGUACAGUGGUGUGAACAUGACCGGGUUCCGCCUCCUCAACAUAGACAACCCCCAGGUCGCCUCCGUGGUCGACAAGUGGUCCAUGGAGCGCCAGCAGGCCCCGCCCAAACCAGAGACGGGCAUGCUGGAUGGCAUGAUGACGACUGAGGCAGCGUUGAUGUAUGAUGCUGUGUACAUGGUGGCAGCAGCCUCCCAGCUCUCCACUCAGAUCACUGUCAGCUCACUGCAGUGCCACAGACACAAACCCUGGCGCUUCGGAGCACGAUUCAUGAACAUGUUCAAAGAGGCGACGUGGAACGGUUUGACAGGACAGAUUAUUAUAAACAAGACAGACGGUUUGAGGAAAGACUUUGACCUGGACGUCAUCAGUCUGAAGGAAGACGGCUUGGAGAAGAUUGGAUUGUGGAACUCCAACAACGGCCUUAACCUUACAGAAAGUCUGAAAGAUACGGGGACUAACAUCACAGAUUCCAUGGCCAACAGGACUCUGGUCGUCACCACUAUCCUGGAAAACCCUUACGUCAUGUAUAAGAAGUCUGACAAGCCUCUGUACGGUAACGACCGGUUCGAAGGUUACUGCCUGGACCUACUGAAGGAGCUGUCCAACAUCCUGGGAUUUGCCUACGAGGUUAAACUGGUAUCUGACGGGAAGUAUGGAGCUCAAAAUGAUAAGGGAGAAUGGAACGGCAUGGUGCGGGAACUCAUUGACCAUGUAGCAGACCUGGCUGUGGCUCCUCUGACCAUCACCUAUGUGAGGGAGAAGGUGAUAGACUUCUCUAAGCCCUUCAUGACCUUGGGAAUCAGUAUCCUGUACCACAAACCCAACGGCACCAACCCCGGAGUGUUCUCCUUCCUCAACCCCCUGUCGCCUGACAUCUGGAUGUACGUCCUACUGGCCUGCCUCGGAGUCAGCUGUGUCCUGUUUGUCAUCGCCAGGUUUACCCCCUAUGAGUGGUACAACCCUCACCCCUGCAACCCUGACUCUGACGUGGUGGAGAACAACUUCACUCUCAUCAACUCUGUCUGGUUUGGGGUGGGAGCUCUGAUGCAGCAAGGAUCUGAGCUGAUGCCUAAAGCCCUGUCUACGAGGAUAGUAGGAGGCAUCUGGUGGUUCUUCACCCUCAUCAUCAUCUCCUCUUACACAGCCAACCUGGCUGCCUUCCUCACCGUGGAGAGGAUGGACUCUCCCAUCGACUCGGCUGACGACCUGGCCAAGCAGACUAAGAUAGAGUAUGGAGCUGUGAGAGACGGAUCAACCAUGACCUUCUUCAAGAAAUCCAAGAUCUCCACCUAUGAGAAGAUGUGGGCGUUUAUGAGCAGCAGAAAGAACACAGCUCUGGUGAAGAACAACAGAGAGGGGAUCCAGAGAGUCAUGACCACAGACUACGCUCUCCUCAUGGAGUCCACCAGCAUAGAGUACAUCAGUCAGAGAAACUGUAACCUCACCCAGAUCGGAGGCCUCAUAGACUCUAAGGGCUACGGCGUGGGCACUCCCAUAGGCUCCCCCUACAGAGACAAGGUGACCAUCGCCAUCCUGCAGCUCCAGGAAGAAGGGAAGCUCCACAUGAUGAAGGAGAAGUGGUGGAGAGGGAACGGUUGUCCUGAGGAGGACAGUAAGGAGGCCAGCGCCUUGGGAGUGGAGAACAUCGGUGGCAUUUUCAUAGUGCUAGCAGCCGGACUGGUUCUCUCUGUGUUUGUAGCUAUCGGAGAGUUCAUUUACAAAUCCAGGAAAAACUUGGACAUAGAGGAGGUGAGUGUAGGGCAGUGUGAGUGGCAUCAUAAGUACUAACAGAAAAAAGGUGCUCCGAGACUGUUAUUAUGGACCUUCUACAUAGAGUAGGUUGCUGUGGACCUUAUACACACAGUCAGUCAGUUGCUAUGGACAUUAUACAAUACACACAGUCAGUCAGUUGCUAUGGACAUUAUACAAUACACACAGUCAGUCAUUUGCUAUGGACAUUACACAGCACAUAGAGUUAUACCGUUACUGACCUUGUAUAAACACAGUCAGUCAGUUGCUGUGGACUUUAUACAUUACAGUACACCCAUUCAGACUGUUAUGGACUGUACACACAGUCAGUUGCUAUGGACCGUACACACAGUCGGUUGCUAUGGACCGUACACAGUGUGGGUUGCUAUGGACCGUACACAGAGUCGGUUGCUAUGGACCGUACACACAGUCGGUUGCUAUGGACCGUACACACAGUCGGUUGCUAUGGACCGUACACACAGUCGGUUGCUAUGGACCGUACAGAGAGUCGGUUGCUAUGGACCGUACAGAGAGUCGGUUGCUAUGGACCGUAUACACAGUCAGUUCCUAUGGACCUUAAACACACAAAGUUAGUUGUUGUUAUGAAUGUUGUUUUCUCGUCAAAGGACAGCUUCUUUUUUUUUUAUCAGGACAACUUGCUUCAUCAGGCCGACAGUUUGGAUUUGGCGAACGGCAGUGCAACAAUCACACACAAAUGACUUUAUUGUAGAGUAGGCCUUGUGUUUGACGUACUUUUGAUUUAGAUACAAAAAAUGAACAUUUUAUUCCUUUAUUGGCACAAUAUCUUAUUUAUAACGAGAGUCGGUUGGGUUUAAGGGAGGCACACCACUUGACUGUCUUGGCCUUGCUGUUUCUGUGUGAAAAUGUAUUAUCUUUUGUCAUGACAUGAUACUGUAGGUAAGUGAUGAAGAUAUAAGGUUUCCCUGAAGGUUAAUAUGGCACCAUUACUGAUCUAUAACUUGUUAAUUACAUUUACUGAUCUAUAACUUAUUGAUUACAUUUAACUAAUGAUUAAGUUUGAGGAUAUCAUGUUUUGCUUGCAAAUGUUUGCAAAUUGACAUCCAGGUAUUUGUACAGCAUAACGUAGCAGUAUUGCUUCUUCUGACCACCUUGGCUUGUAUUCAUAUAUAUGAAAAUAUCUGAAUGAUUGUAUGUACAUGUGAGUGAGGUUUUUCCCAAUCAUUUAUGGAUGAGAUGCCCCUUGAGACUUUAUUCAUUGAGUUGCUUUCAUUCUUUGCUUUUUGUAUCAUUUGACGUUCAUGAAAAUGCAUGUAAAGGUUGUCAUGUUGGUUUUGUUUAUGAACGACUAAAGUUAUGUGGAGAACAUGA